UUGGGCGACGUUCCAGACUGGUCUCACUUUCCCAUAUUUACCUACCACUCGCUGCUCCCUUCGGAUUUAACAUUCGGGUACCUGCCUCUUGUCUUUCUCCGUUUUUGGGCCAGUCCAUUUGCUUUCAACGUUUUCCUGCAGUUAGCGUCCUCUCCACUUUUUUGCUUUCCUGCCUGCGUCGGCGGCAUCCGUCAUGCAGCGCGACGAGGUUCUGACCGCCCGGGCGGUCGAAGCUCUGAUCGCAAAUGGCCACAUAAUCGUCAUUUUCGAAGAUUUUAUCCUCAAACUCGAUUCUUGGCUCGAGAAGCAUCCCGGCGGCCGUCUGGCUAUUUUGCACAUGGUGGGCAGAGAUGCGACGGACGAGAUCAAGGCAUCCCACAAGGAGAAGCAAUGGAAAACCAUGAAAGCCUUCCGGAUUGGCCGAAAAAUACCGGGAAUCUGGGUCCAAAGAACACCGCCAAUUAGGGGCGGCAUCUUCCGCAAGGAGGAAGAUCAGGUCUCUACCACGCCGAAAGAUGCACUCGACUUGCUCGACGUGCCCGCAUCGCCUGACUCGUAUGAAUCGAAUUCCCUCAGCGACAGCGUCAGCAAUCUUUCCGAGGCGAGUCUCCCGACUUCACUCUCCUCCGCCGACAGCGUGGUCGGCGACGUGCUCCGCAAAACCGACACGAGAACCUCGGUGCAGGAUGACCUCGACGCCACCGCCCGGUCCAAACCCCACACAGCCAAGGCCUUUACUGGCAGCUCUUCCGCUUAUACCGCCCAGGCCGAGCAAGACGACAUUGCCCGAGAUAACCUUGCUUACCCCUCGGUCGACCCUGCCAUUCAGCACUCGAUCGCGCUCAAGUACAAGGCUCUCGCCCAGCGUGUCCAAGACGAGGGCUACUAUACUUGCCGCUACGUGGAAUACGCGAAAGAAGCCUCGCGCUAUGCCCUCUUCUUUGGUCUCUCAAUGUUCGCCCUCCGCAACGAGUGGUACAUGACCUCGGCCAUUUUCCUUGGCCUGUUCUGGCACCAAGUCAUGUUCACGGCGCACGACGCCGGGCACCGCGCCAUCACGGGCAAUUUCGCGGUCGACAGCCUCAUCGGCAUCUUGAUCGGCGAUUUUUGCUGUGGGCUGUCCAUUGGCUGGUGGAAGCGCAGUCACAACGUGCACCAUUUAGUGACGAACCACCCGGAGCACGACCCGGAUAUCCAGAACGUGCCGCUGUUUGCGACGACCCCGAGCUUCUUCCGAGGCGUCCACUCGACCUACUACGACUUCUCCUUUGCCUGGGACAAGGCCGCCGAGAUCCUGGUGCCGUACCAGAAGUAUACCUACUAUCCGAUCAUGGGAGUUGCGAGGUUCAACCUGUAUCUGCUCUCGUGGCUCCACGUCUUGUCGUCCAAGUCGGGGGCGCUGGUAACCAGCUCGGCAUGGUGGAUCCAGCCGACCGAGAUUGUAGCCAUGUCAUGCUAUUGGUACAUCUUUGGGUACCUCUUGCUGUGGAAGACGCUGCCGACCUGGGGCGUUAGGAUCGCUUUUGUACUGCUCUCGCACGUCAUCACGAUGCCGCUGCACGUGCAGAUUACGCUGUCGCACUGGGGCAUGUCGACAUCGGACCUGGGCGAGAGCGAGUCGUUUGCCCAGCGCCAGCUGAGGACGACCAUGGACGUCGAUUGCCCGGCGUGGCUGGAUUGGAUUCACGGCGGGCUACAGUUUCAGGCGGUGCACCACUUGUUCCCGAGAGUACCGAGGCACAACUUGAGGAGGCUCCAGACGUUGGUCAAGGAGUUUUGCGAGGACACCAAAAUCCCGUACACCUUAUUAGGAUUUGUCGAUGGGAACUCUCAUGUCCUGAGCAGGCUGGACGAGGUCGGGCAGCAGGUGAAGCAUUUGGUCAACUGCCAGCGGUACAUGGCAGAACACGGUGUUCGGGAUUUGUGAUUAGAUUUUCAUGAUGUAGCAAGGGAGCGUCGGGUUGCUUAGAUUUUUUCUUACUGUUAGACAUUUUUCACCCUUUGCCUCGAGUAUUCUUGGCAGUACAUAUAUACAUAUACAUAC